CUGGAAUAUUCGCGAUUGCCUGCCGGUGAUGGAGAGUAGCAGAACCGGGUACGCUUGUUGAUCGUGCCAAGGCAACUAGCUAUUUAUGUUGGUGCAGGAUCUCAAGCUGAGUCUGUGCUUAUUAGAUGAAGGCGCACAAGAAAGAGCUGGGCGGAUAAGGAGUCUUUCGCGAGACUGCUACAGCUGGACGAGAGUUGAAUUUGUUCAGUGAAGGUGACUGAUCUGUGCUCUUUGGUCGAAGGCAAGGUACAGAGUAGAGUGGCUGCGUUUGCGGGCAGCAAAAAAAACCACUCUGGUGCAGGGGAAGGCCAUCUGUUGCAAGUAUCUGGCGGCAACAAUGGCCUGUAGACGUGGGCACACUGGUGGUGCGCAGACUGCCGGACGUCCAGACAAGCAUGGAGCGAGGCCAAACUCGUUCAAUACCUUGGACCAUGGCUUGGCAUCCCCUGCAUUCAACACAAGAGGGAUGUGCAAGCGCAAAAGGAUUAUGGGUCAAGCAGUUGAUUUGGGAGAUGGAGGACGGCAGACAUAUGCGUCGUCGUAUGCGUCAUCUUCGUCGUCGACGAUGGCUGGGGCAGGCAUGAGAAAGUUGAUGGAAGAGGCUGCCAGUCAGGACCUUCCAGACGAUACGAACCUGAGUGAAGUCACUGAAGAGGACAGAAAGGAAAGAAUGCGAGUGGUGGUACGAGUUAGGCCCCCGAUGACGCAGAUAUUCCCCCCCGAUGUAGAUGAAGUACCUGACUCGUCUUCGAGGGAGAGCACGAACGAGGAUGGGGGCGAGGAAGUCUGUGUACGCAUUGAGGGAGACAACGUUUUGAGACUUGAUGCACCUCGGUCAUCUGCAGCAUGGGGAAACAACGAUAGAGAGAGUCAAUCUGUCUCAUAUGAACUGACUCAAGUCCUUGGCCCAUCGACAUCACAGAUGGAGGUAUUCAAAUCUACCGUGGAACCACUGGUACAGAGGCUGUUCGACAACUCAGAGAGUGGGGUGCUUUUGUCUUAUGGGGUCACAAAUGCUGGGAAGUCCUACACAGUGUUUGGAAGCCAGGACGGGACUCAGCCUGGGUUGAUCCCUCACACUCUUCGCGCAGUGUUUCAGUUACUGGAUAAAAAGAAAGAGGAAUCUGAAGUCAAUGGAAAUCUUGGUGUAAAGAUUUCCAUGUGUGAAUUAUCUAUGGAGAAUAAGAACCAUGAGAAAGUGAAGGACUUGCUCAGUCCUUCCUGUGCGCUCAUUCCGUUCAAGGUUCACGAGUCCAAGCGGACUGGACACAUGAGCAUUGAGGGAAUCCAGCAGGAGAGGGUGGACAGUGUCAAAGAGGCCAUGGAAACACUAAAGAAGGGCUAUGCCAACAGGAAAGUCGAAGAGACAGGAGCCAACAAGUCAUCAAGUCGAGGCCACUGUGUUGUCAGUAUCCAGCUCUGUGCAGAGAAGUCACCCAGUGAACAUCAGCAGCCAGCGGUUGAUGGGAAGGGCAGGGGACUGAAGGGGGUGAUGCCGUUAGCAUCUCAAGCGAGUGUGCGUGGGGCAACUUUGGCGUUGGACGACUUGCAGGAAAGUUUUGCACGCAUUUGCUUUGUUGACCUUGCCGGAAGUGAGCGUCAAAGGCGUACAAAGAAUGAGGGAGAGCGGCUGAAAGAGAGUGGUGCCAUCAAUUCAUCACUCAUGUCACUCAGGCAAUGUCUGGAGGAGCUUUCGAAGAAUCAGCGUGUCAACUUUAGGCGAAGUAAGUUGACACAGUUUCUGAAGAAUGAGCUUCAAGGUCAAGGCCGCCUUGUCGUGGUUGUUAAUAUUAGUCCUGAGCCGCGGGACUUCGAUGAAACAAUCCAAGUCAUGAAGUACGCUUCAAUGGCCUGUGGUGUAAGGAGUUGCAUUCCAGAGCCUCUGGUGAAUAUCUUUAAAUUGCCUCUGCCGAAGGAGCAGUUACCAAUGCCAUGCUUGGGGUUCCCAACCAAAGAAACGUCGAGUCUCAGGAUUCCGAAACUGACUGAGAAGGCUGCAGCGCAAGCGGAGAGAGGUGCCAGAGCGAGGAAAGCCCUCGAGAAAAAGGUGGAAGCUCGAAAGGUAGUCAAGAAGGGUUGUCAUACAGCAAAUGGCAAUGUCAAAUGUGCGAAUGUAGAGGGUGGAGAAAAGCAGAGCACUGACGAGGAGGACCUCCCUCAGGGGAAGCGCCGUAGGAGCCUAUUGAUUGAGGCUGUUGAUGCCAAUAGCAUAACUGAGGUUGCACUGGCUCAAGAACAAGGUUUGCGGGUUGGUGGAGAAAGCGAAAUCCACGAAGAAAUAGAUGCAUCAUCCUGCACUCAGGAGGUCCGACUUCUCGAAGAAAAGGUUGCAAAGCAGGAGAGGCUUCUUACUCUCGAGCAAGAGGAACACAAUCAGACUAGAUCACACGUGACGGAGCUCGAGUCUCGUCUCGUGGUGAUGGAGGAGGAACGGGAUCGAGCUAGAUCACGCGUGACGGAGCUCGAGUCACGUCUCGUGGUGAUGGAGGAGGAACGGGAUCGAGCUAGAUCCCGAGUGAGCGAACUUGAGGCAGAAACUGCCGUGUUGCAUAAGCGUGGGGGGUGCAGCACGGCAGGCGAAUCUGUGAGUGCCAUUGAUGAUUUCAGUGAAACAUUGGACACUGCUGUCAUUUCCAUGCUUGAGUCGGUGAAAGACUGCGACGUGCAAGUCGAAGGAUUAAGGCAAGUGAGUGAAGUGGUUCAGCGAUCGGACUUUUUUUCUGAAAUGCCGUUGGAGUGUCCACAGGAGCCUUCCACAGAACCCAGUCCAGAGUGGUCUGCGGAAAAGGCACGUUUUGAUGAUGAGAGGCGAGGUGCAGCCAUCGAAGGAACAGAGUCUAGUCACGAUGCACAGGCUGUGGAUGUCCAUCGCCAGUUGAAAUGUGGUGAGAGUAUCCACUGCCAGAUUGGAUAUCUGAAAGGUGAAAGUUGUCUGUCUGCACCUGUUGUGGCCUUGCCUGGGUGUAUUGGAGGUCCUGAACCAGUUAUGUCAUCUGCUUCUCGGGGGCAUACUGAGGGGUUACUCGAGGCCAUCAUGGAGCUCUAUGCAGCUCGAACAAAGGAGAUGGAUGGAGGAGUUAUGGUGGAUGCUCAAAGUCCUGACUGCAAGGUUGUGGAUGUGGGGCCGAUGGAAAAUGACAGUGAAGGCACUCCACAGAAUCUGGCGCUGCUGAUGCAUGAAGUGAAGAAUGCCAGUCCUUUGGCUUCGGUGGCCUCUGUAGAAGGAGUCGAGAGUGGUCUCCAGAAAGAACAGAGUCCAGAGCACACUACGGAACUGCCAUCAUCCCCUUGUGCAGCUGAGGUGAGAGAAAUUGUCCCAAAUGGACUCAGCCUCAGCGAGGAAUCAGCAGAGAGGAAGGCUGGAAGUGAUCAGCACGGUGCGGAUGUCAGGCCUACGGAAAUGGACAGUGAAGGCACUCCAGAAAAUGCAAUCGAGUGGAUACAUCAUGUGAAGAAUGCCAGCCCUCCUGCUUCGGAGGUGGCUGUAGAAGCGGUUGAGAGUGGUGUCCCAAAGGAACAGAGUCCAGAGCACACUACGAAACCUCCAUCAUCUAGCCCUCCUGCUUCAGAGGUGGCUGUAGAAGCGGUUGAGAGUGGUGUCCAAAAGGAACAGAGUCCAGAGCACACUAUGGAACCGCCAUCAUCUCCUUGUGCAUCUGCGGUGAGAGAAAUUUUCACAAAUGGACUCAACUUCAGUGAGGAAUUGGCAGAGAGGAAGCCUGGAAGUGAUCAGCCCAGUGCGGAUGUCAGGCCUACGGAAAAGGACAGUGAAGGCACUCCAGAGAAUGCAGUCGAGUUGAUACAUCAAGUGAAGAGUGCCAGCCCUCCUGUUUCAGAGGUGGCUGUAGAAGCAGUUGAGAGUGGUGUCCAAAAGGAACGGAGUCCAGAGCACACUACGGAACUGCCAUCAUCUCCUUGUGCAUCUGCGAUGAGAGAAUGUGUCACAAAUGGACUCAGCUUCAGUGAGGAAUUAGCAGAGAGGAAGCCUGGAAGUGAUCAGCCCAGUGCUGAUGUCAGUCCUAUGGAAAAGGACAGUGGAGGCACUCCAGAGAAUGCAGUCGAGUUCAUACAUCAAUUGAAUAAUGCCAUCCUUCCUGCUUUGGAGGUUGCUGUAGAAGCAGUUGAGAGUGGUGUCCAAAAGGAACAGAGCCCAGAGCACACUAUGGAACCCCCAUCAUCUCCUUGUGGAUCUCCGUUGAGAGAAAUUGUCACGAAUGGACUCAGCUUCAGCGAGGGAUUAGCAGAGAGGCAGCCUGGUAGUGAUCAACCCAGUGCGGAUGUCAGGCCUAUCGAAAAGCACUGUGAAAGCACUCCAGAGAAUGCAGUCGAGUUGAUACAUCAAGUGAAGAAUGCCAGCCCUCCUGCUUCGGAGAUGGCUGUAGAAGCAGUUGAGAGUGGUGUUCAAAAGGAACAGAGGCCAGAGUGCACUACGGAACCGCCAUCAUCUAGCCCUGCUGCUUCGGAGGUGGCUGUAGAAGCAGUCGAGAGUGGUGUCCAAAAGGAACGGAGUCCAAAGCACACUAUGGAACCGCCAUCAUCUCCUUGUGUAUCUGCGGUGAGAGAAAUUGUUCCAAAUGGACUCAGCUUCAGCGAGGAACUAGCAGAGAGGCAGCCUGGUAGUGAUCAGCCCAGUGCGGAUGUCAGGGCUAUGGAAAAUGAUAGUGAAGGCACUCUAGAGAAUCCAGUGGAGUUGAUACAUCCAGAGCACGUCACAGCAAGCUUGAAGACACCGAAAAGAUCAGCGUGUGCUAGAAAGGAGAUCAGACGAGGGAGGGCAGUCGCUAGCUUCCUUAUUGGAGGCACUAGCACUCAAGGAGAAAGCCCGCAUCGUGAGAAGGGUUCGCUAGACACGCCGGGGUCUGCAGGGAGGAAGAAAGUGCUCCCGAGGAGCACCAUUAAGAUUCAAUCACCAACAAAGGCAGCUCUCAGAAGGAAAAGUGGCAGCACUCCGAUUACUGGAAAGAGAGGAAGUCGGCUUGCCGCUACAGGCGCAUGCAGGGAACAUGAAGAUAUGCUGGAUGCGGCCAAUUGCUUGAUCUGUCAGGAAGCGGAUGUUGCUGGGGUUGUGAAGCAUAAGAUUCAGCACUGGGAGCGAAGGUCAGGUGCAGACCAAGUCAAGCGGGCCCUCAGCAAAACAAAGGAGAAAGAAAACAUGCCUCCUCAUCACAGGAGCUGUCGCAGGCUACAGCCAGCUGUGAUGAUCGACUGCCAAGAUGAGACAGCGGAGGGUGAUGAGACACCAGCAAAACCCACAGGGAACAGGGGACCUGCGUCUGGAUCAGAUCCUCAAGAAGGGCUUUCUGCAAUCCUGGCCUCAUUGAAGACCAAAGCAGCCCCUCAUUGAAGAGGUAGUCGGUGUACACUGGUGGAUAUCUCGUGUUUUUUACCGUUGAAGGUAGUCGGUGUUUUUUACCGUUGUAGCAGCUCAUCAGGUCCAUGAUAGGCUCUGUUUUUGUUGACAUGUACAGCCAGCGACUCGUCAUAUGUGUGUCAUUUCUGCUUAUCGUUUCAUUUUGCUCGUCUAAUUUUGCCUGAUCCAAUUGGGUGAACUUGCAAAUAUCGUACAUGUCGCAGUGAGUGGCCAUUUGCAAGCCCAGAGAGAGGACAGUUCUUGACCGUUGCAGGUAGUCAGUGUUUUUGACUGUUGUAGCAGUUUAUACUACUUCGUAGGGUCCAUGGCAGGCUCUGUUUUUGUUGACAUGUACAGCCAGCAACUUGUCAUAUGUGUGCCAUUUCUGCUUAUCAUGGGAAGCU